UGACUGAGAGGCGGGGACGUGCUAAUGCGCCUGCGCAGUGAAGAGCAUUCCUGUUUGUGUGUCACGUGCCGGGGUCCGACCGAAAUAUGGCGGCGCGCGGCAGCGUGGAGGAGAUGCGGAGCCGCGUGAUCCUUGGGGAGUUCGGGGUCCGCAACGUUCACACCACGGACUUUCCCGGCAACUACCCCGGGUUCGACGACGCGUGGGACCAGGCCAAGUUCGAGAAGAAUUUCCGGGUGGACGUGAUCCACAUGGAUGAGAACACGCUGGAGUUCGACAUGGUGGGGAUCGACGCAGCCAUCGCCAAUGCCUUCCGGCGUAUCCUGCUCGCUGAGGUGCCAACAAUGGCUGUAGAGAAGGUCUUUGUGUACAACAACACGUCCAUCGUGCAGGAUGAGAUCCUGGCCCAUCGCUUGGGCCUCAUCCCCAUCCGAGCUGACCCACGCCUCUUUGAAUAUAAGAACCAAGGUGAUGAGGAAGGCACAGAAAUUGACACGCUGCAGUUCCAGCUGAAAAUCAAAUGCAGCCGGAACCCUCACUCAGCCAGGGAGUCAUCUGACCCCAAUGAGCUCUACAUUAAUCACAAAGUUUACAGCAAACACAUCACGUGGGUGCCCCUGGGAAAUCAAGCAGACCUGUUCCCAGAUGCAGAUUUGCGGCCUGUUCAUGAGGACAUCCUUAUUGCCCAGUUGCGGCCUGGCCAGGAAAUUGAUGUGCUCAUGCACUGUGUCAAAGGCAUAGGUAAAGACCAUGCCAAGUUUUCUCCAGUGGCCACAGCUAGUUACCGGCUGCUGCCUGACAUCACUCUGCUGCAGCCCAUUGAGGGGGAGGCAGCAGAGACGCUGAAGAAGUGCUUCUCCCCGGGAGUUAUUGAGAUUCAGAACAUCAAAGGGAAGAAGGUGGCAAGAGUGGCCAAUGCUCGGAUGGACACGUUUAGCCGGGAGAUCUUUCGUCAUGAUGAUCUGAAAAACCUUGUGCGCUUGGCACGAGUGCGAGAUCACUACAUCUUCUCAGUGGAGUCUACAGGUGUCCUGCCUCCAGAUGUGCUGGUGAGCGAAGCCAUCAAAGUGCUGAUAGGGAAAUGUCGACGGUUCCUGGAUGAGUUGGACUCCAACCACAUGGACUGAGCAGUUCAGGACACCAUGUUUGAGAAGCAGAGACUGAUUCUAUUGCCCUGGGAUCUGGGCAGGGAUUGUUUCCAGCCCACAAGCCUAUGUAAACAGGAGGGGUACCUUCUGUUACCAAGCAAUGGGACCAUCCAUCACCUCUUCCCCAUACUGUAUGUAAGCAAGCAGGUGGACACACUAGAAAUGAAGGUGUGCCUCCACUUCCAGCUGUGUACAUGCACUAGCAGGAGCCUAGGAAAGUCUUAUGGCUCUCAUUUUCUAAUGGGUUUCAGCACCUGCAGAGGAUGGCCAGUAGGGCACAGCAGGGGCUUGUACUGGCCACUAGGCCUUACUGAAGUCAGUGGUCCCCAAUGCAGUGCCCGCCUACUGACAAGGGAGCACCCCGCCACCAAGGAGUGCGGCCAGAGAAGCGGCAACACCAAGAAGCGUUGCUGCCGAAAUGCCACUGCUUCUCGGCAUUUCAGCGGCUGGUCAUCCGGCACCCGCCACACUGAACAGUUGAGGACCGCUGUUCUAAAUGAAGCCUUGCUCAGGAAAAGAGCCAGCUUCAGUAGUGGCUGUUUUAAUUGUCAGACUUCAUUACAUACACUUAGCCUGGGGGUGGCUUGAUUUGCUAGCUAGGAAAGUGGAAAGAGGCACCACUUAAUUCAUUAACAAUAAAAAUGCUAGUGCUGCAACACUUGAGCUGGUGCUUUGAAAUCUGGGCUCAAACGCCACUUGCCUUUUUUCCUUCCAGGGUAAGCAAUUGCUGUAUUUGCUACAGUGGUGGUUUGCUCACCAAAGGGAAGAGAGAUGCUAAGCCCAUCUCUAUGAAGAUGGGGUCUGCUCUGUGGAAGUUGAAGCAGUACUGCUUACACAGGAGCAUGGGCGCUAGGUCAAGCUGCACAAAGCAUGAAGAAUAAAAACUACAUUGGAUUUUCAACAUUCUUAGUCAGCUCCAGGCCUAAUAUAAGCCUAGCUGCAGAAAGUUUGAGAAGAGGAUACUAGCCUGUUCUUAUGGAGUAGGCAUGUGAUCUGUAUGACUGCAGAUUUCAUCACAGCUAAUGAAACUCAUAGGAGGGAAAGCAUAAUACUCAAGUAAGGAUCACAUUGACUGAGAGUGCUGCCCUGGCUCUGAGCCUGUUCACUAUACACAAGCAGUUUGCAACUAAGUAUUAAUCUUUAUUUAGGGGCUUCAGUAGGUGACCAAAAAUAAAGGAAUAUCAGUCUCCCACUAUCCUAAAAAUAAGGCUGCCCAAUUUUUCCCACCUAGGAAAAAAACUUUAGGUGAUUAAAAUGAGAUUUUGGAAGUUAACUUUAGAAACAGUAAUUUGCUAUCACAGUAGGAGCUUAAUACAGUGCAUCUGAUGCCUGCUGGAGCCCUGUACUUCCAUUUUUAAAAAAGGCUCUAGCCUUCUUCCUUGUGGAGACAGACUCCAAACUGUAACCCAGUUGUUUAGCCAAAUAUCUGUGGAAAGAAGUUUUCUAUCAGUAGUGAAGUCAAUCAGGCCAGCAGUUUGCAUACCAAAAGUGACCCUUUAGCUCUUAGAAGGGAACAAAGGUGGGAGAGAUGGCUCCUCUGUUCUCCAGUCCCAGAUUAAGAGAGUUAAAGUGAGGGAAAUCCUAGGCAAAGUAUAAAAGCUGGAAGACUGGGUCCAUUUACAUAAUUUAAGCAUUUUACCAAACCUUGAAAGUUAGGGAGCAUCUCACAAAACAAGACACUGACUCAAAUCAUCAUCACACCCUUCAUUCUGCCCCUCAGAGUAAAUGAACUGACAUUGAAACUGUAUAAUCCCAUAGCCGCACUUGUUAAUAAAACUAGUACAAAAGCCAAA